CUGAUAUUCUAUACCCGAGAUUUUUCAAUCUAAUAUCGAAAGCAUCAUUAACUUCGAGCUUAAAAGUUACCUAAGAUAUCAUUAGUAUGGCAAAUAGUACCGAUAGUACUCAAGUAACUGGCGUAUGCCAACUUGUGCUAACUAAAAAACAACCAGCAAAAGAGCAUCCGCGUAACGGGCUAUUGCAGGGCUUUUCUAAUAGACUUCUUGACGCCAGGUCUAAAAGCAAUCAUACUUCUGAUAAGAAGCUUGACGAAUUACAACAAAAACAAAAUUCAAAGUCUAACUCCCAACUUCGGAAACAGCAACGGAAGAGUAAACAGGUUCAAAGCUUCGCCUACCCUGUAGAGUCCGACGGCUAUUAUGGCGAUGGUCAAAGUGAGCCUGAGGACAAGGAAUCUUAUUCCAGUGAAGACGAACUUCCAUGUGAAGAUGAAGACGCCCUCGAGGAGAGCUGGUGGAGCGAUGACGACGACCAGAAUUUAUUCAGUUCUGGAGGUCGUCGCGACCAAAAAAAGGCUUAA